GCGACGGCGCACGCCGCCUGUUCUACCGAAUACCGCUCCAGAGCGGGAGGCUUCGGCCAUGGCGAGCGGGGUGGAUAGCAUCAGCGCCCUCCCGGACGACGUCCUCCACAGCGUGCUCCGUUUACUUCCGGCUGAAGAGGUGGUGCGGACGUGCGUGCUCGCCCGGCGCUGGCGCGGCGUCUGGAGAUCCGUGCCCUCCCUCCGCUUCAACGGCGCCGAGGGGUGGGGCAGCGCCGACAGGUUCGCCCAGUUCGUGGACCACCUGCUCCACCUCAGAUUCGCGGGCGACGGCGGCGCAAGGGCGCCUCUGGAUUCCUGCGAAUUCGACUUCGACGCCGACGGGUUCAUGCAAUUGCCGGCUAACGAGCGGCACGCGAGCCACUGGAUCUGGCAAGCCGUGCCCCAUGUCCGGGUGCUUCGGCUUCAUGUCAUCGAGUUUGAGCAGGAACCCUCACCGCUAUCUGAUCUGCGUCUCGUUUCCCAGCACCUCACGAGAUUAGAUCUUGUUGGUGUAGCUGUCAACGACAGCGUUAUGGAUUUUUCAGGCUGUCCGGCAUUGGUGGAACUGAGUAUGGAGGUCUCCGAUGUUUUCGCCAACCAGCUGUUGUCUCCAUCCUUGAAGCAUCUGCGCAUUGCCCGCUGCUUUACUGCCGAGGAUACUCGCAUCCUUAUUUCUCUACCAAGUCUCGUUUCGCUCGAGUUGAUUGUAUGCCGCCAAGGAAGGAGCCCAUUGCUCGGAAGCAUGCCGCUGUUAGCAAGAGCUGUUGUUGUACUUAAGAAUGAUUGUGCUGAUCGGUGCUUUAAGGGUCGAUUUAAUGAUUGUGGUGAUACAUGUUAUGGUUGUCGUUAUUAUUAUGGAGAUCCUGCGUUUGGACCUACUUAUGACCGCAACGACAGCAUAUUUCUCAAAGGUUUGUCCGAGGCUACGGACUUGGAGCUGUCAGCUGAUUCUGAUGUGAUUCUUUUUGACAGGGAUUUGAAGUGGUGCCCUACAUUUACCAAGUUAAAGACUUUGUUACUCAAUGACUGGUGCUUGGCUGCUGGCCACAAUGCACUAAUCUGUUUUCUCCAGCACUCACCAAUUUUGGAGAAGCUUACACUUCAACUUUCUAAGGGACCUUCAUAUGUAAGUGAAACACAAGGAAUAUACACACCAUUGGUACAGUCAGUUGCAUCCAACUGUCUUAAGAUAGUUGAAAUCAAAUGUGCAAAUGUUGAUAGUAAGGUUCACAGACUUUUGAAGAUAUUGACUACCUAUGGCAUACGCCUUGAGCAAAUUAGGGUCCAACAUACUAGCAGAAUUUCUGGAUCUAAAUGCUUCAACUUUGUUUGCACUGAUUUCAGCUAA